UCGACCUUCCUUCGCUUCCCCAGUCUUUCUUCUCCCUCAGUCUGGAGGUCGUCGUGCCCUUACCCCGACCCGGCUUUAUUUUUAUUGCCUACAACUAUGGCAUCUUCUUUACUUCCCGUCGCCCUGCAGAAUAAACUGCUGGGCUACAGCAGGGCCCCCAGCACCCAACUGGCGGCGGCACAUCUGGACUUUCUUCGAAAUAUCGUUUUUGUCCUCUUUAUCCUUCGCUACGUUCGCAAGGCAUUCUAUUCUUUGCGCGGUUAUGGCAUCUUCGGCAGCAUCCGCAAUGCCUACGCUGCCGUCCGUCUCUUUUGCUAUUCCAUCUUUCUGCGAUUCCCCGGCGUCCGCGGCCAGGUUGAUAAGCAGGUUUCCACAGCUAUUGAGAAUCUCGAAUCGAAACUCGUCGCGUCUGGUCCAGGUGUUAAUCGGUAUUUGAAUCUUCCCAAGGAAGGAUGGACCGCGGAACAAAUUCGCGCUGAGCUCGACAAGCUGGCAAAUAUGGAACAUACACGCUGGGAAGAUGGCCGUGUCAGUGGUGCUGUCUACCACGGUGGCCAGGACUUGUUGAAGCUACAGGCAGAAGCGUUCGGACAGUUUGGUGUUGCCAACCCCAUCCAUCCUGAUGUGUUCCCUGGUGUUCGGAAGAUGGAAGCCGAAGUCGUAGCUAUGGUUCUGGCGUUGUUCAAUGCCCCGUCCGAUGGCGCGGGUGUCACUACCAGUGGCGGUACGGAGUCGAUCAUCAUGGCAUGCUUGGGUGCGCGCCAGAAGGCUUUCCUCGAGCGUGGCGUAAAGGAACCGGAAAUGAUCAUCCCUGAUACCGCUCAUGCUGCCUUCAUCAAAGCCUGCAACUACUUCAAGAUUAAGCUCCAUCGUGUUCCCUGCCCGGCUCCCGAGUACAAGGUGGACAUUCCCUCCGUGCGUCGCCUGAUUAACUCGAACACUGUCUUGAUUGUUGGCUCGGCACCCAACUUCCCUCACGGAAUUGUUGAUGACAUCCCGGCUCUGUCUCGUCUCGCGACGUCUUACAAGAUCCCUCUGCAUGUUGAUUGCUGCCUUGGUUCCUUUGUUGUUGCCUUCCUGAAGAAGGCGGGCUUUGCGUCGCCUUAUGAAGAAGAAGGUGGCUUCGACUUCCGCCUUCCCGGAGUGACUAGCAUCAGUGUGGACACGCACAAGUAUGGAUUUGCACCCAAGGGUAACUCGGUGCUCCUGUAUCGCAACAAGGCCUACCGCAGCUACCAAUACUUCAUCUACCCAGAUUGGUCCGGUGGUGUUUAUGCAUCCCCAUCUGUGGCGGGUUCCCGUCCUGGUGCCCUGAUUGCCGGAUGUUGGGCCAGUUUGAUGAGUGUUGGCGAGUCUGGCUACAUCAAGAGCUGCUUGGACAUCAUGGGCGCCGCCAAGAAGUUCGAAUCCUCCAUCAAAGAGCACUCGGUUCUGUCGAAGAGCUUGGACAUUGUUGGAAAGCCCAUGGUCAGCGUUGUUGCGUUCUACAGCAAGAAUGAUGCCGUUGAUAUUUACGAUAUUGCGGACAGCCUUUCUGCCAAGGGCUGGCAUCUCAAUGCGCUUCAAUCGCCCCCGGCGAUCCAUGUCGCGUUCACCGUCCCCACGGCUGCUGCUGUGGAUGCACUUACCACCGACCUGGUCGUAGCUGUGGAGGCGGAGUUGGCCAAGGCGGAAGAGAGAAGGCAGCAAGGCAAGGCAUACGUUGUUAAGCGUGGAGACACUGCAGCCUUGUACGAGUAUUGUCAGCCGCCUGGCCGAGGGCUUCCUGGAUACCCUGUACAAAGCUUAGAUUGUUCAAAAAGGCCCGCAUUGUCCAUAUGGGUUGAAAAGCGUAUAAGUCUAGGAAUUGCAAAUAGCGGACAAUUGGUGUUAUGGUGCAUAGGUUGGGUAUUGCUUCGUCUGGAGAAUUAUUGUUAUAAAACAGACGUUAAGACUUGAAUUUUUAGGGUG